AUGGCGACUGGAAAUGCAAAAGAAACACGUAACUCUAGAAGUUGUGAAAAAAGAAGAGGUACUUACCUGUCUUAUCUGUCACAUCCGUCGUUGAAAGUUCCCAGAACGUCAGAGUAUCGCCAGAAACUAGCUAAAACUUAUGAUAGAGAAACGAAUGCGGUAUCUUGUAGCGACACUGUUGAACAUUUUGAGUCAGAGUUCCUGGACUACUCAUAUGCAUCUCAGGGGAUCGAAGAAUACUCUCUGGAAGACCGUAAUAAUGUUGAUUUGUUGAAAGAAGAUGGUCGGCCAGCUGAGGUAGAAAAUGACAGAGAAGGCCGCCCAACUAGAGACUCCAUCGCUGAUGAAAUGUUAAAGGGGCUCCUGAACAACACGGCAGUUGAGCAAGACAGCUGUGAUGAAAUUUCGCAAGUUUUUCCUGAAGAUCCAGCGCUUGAUACAACGUACGGAUCUAGCGAGUUUCAUGAGGAUUUGAACGAGCAAGAUAAUGACGUGGAUGAACUUUCGGAAGCGGAAGAUAGGAAUGAAAGCAGCACUCAAGAUGACUACGUGAAAAUUACUGAGCUAUCCUUAUCACAAGACACCCCUUUAUACGAGGGGUCCCCCGUUACUUUUUCAGUUAGCUUGCUGCUGAUUAUUAGCUUCGCCAUAAGGCAUAAUUUGAGCGGACUGGCUUUGGCUGACCUUUUGACGUUAAUUAACAUUCAUCUUGUUGUACCCAACUGCUUUGCUAAAUCGACAGCUGUUCUCAACCGAUUCUUUCGAAAGCUUAAAAGCCUAUCGAGUACCACUAUUAUUGUUGUUGCUGUUUUGAGUACAUUGGGCUUACAAAGACCUCCUGCUGUUCUAACAAGUAUUGUCUGGUAG